AAUAUGCAAACAAUAGAAAGUUGAAACUUGCUAACUGAUUGAUGUUUUUAUAAAAUAAUGAUGAUUAUAACAAGUGGAACUUGGGAAUUAUGAGUCUUAAAUAGUUUUUAGGUAUAUAGUCGGUUCAUCAUCAAGUGCUACAUGGCUUUACUCUAUUAAACAGUUAAAAAUCGAAUAAUAUUCAAAGUAGAAACAAGAUGGCCCAUUUAAAACAACUUCGACUAGUGUUAUGGAAAAACUCUCUUAUUAGAAAAAGGCAUUGGGUUUUAACUCUCUUCGAGAUAUUAUUGCCUGUUCUUCUGUUCAUUCUAGUGUCUUAUAGCCGAUCAAAGAUAAGUGGUAUAGCAAAACAAGAAAUAACUGAACCAACAUAUUCACAACCUAUUCACUUAAGCGAAAGGGGUGAAAUACAAUACACAGUCAUAGAUAUCUCUAGUACGUUAUUUUUUUAUGCACCUUCAAACAAUUUCACAGAUGAACUGAUAAAGAGAUUACAAGAAAAAUUACAGGUGCAUUCAAAUGAAAUAUUCAAUUUCUCAUCCAAAGAACAUCUAUUGAAGGAAUUUUCCAAAGUAAAUCAAUCACUAGUAGCUAUCAUUUUCAAUUCCAAUGAUGUUAAAAAACUAGAUUAUGAUAUUCGAUUUUAUAACGAAUAUAUUAGGGGAGAAACUAGUGAAUUGUAUUUUUCUGAUCCUCAAUACUCUGAUUAUGAUCUAAAUAGUUAUUUCCAAAGUGGAUUCAUAACAAUACAAACCACCCUAGACCUGGCCUAUAUUGAAAUGAUGAAUAAAACUAAAGUUCCAGUAUAUUUAACAAUGCAGGAAUUUCCUUUUCCUCCACAUAAAAAUGAUGCUGGCCUUACACAUAUUUUUAUGCCUUUUUUAUCUCAUAUCACAAUAUUCAGCUUUAUAUUUUUGUGUCCAGCAUUAAUAAUGAGAAUUAUUGAAGAAAAGUCAACUGGAACUAGGGAAUUGAUGAAAAUGGUUGGCCUGAAAUCUUGGAUGCUGUGGUUUGGAUGGUUCCUUCAUGCUUUUCUUCCAAAUUUUGUGUCUGUUAUAUUGAUUGUUAUCCUGAUGAAAGUACCUAUGUGGGGAGUUGACACACCUUCAAUUGAAUACUGCAACACUGCAGUUUUCUUCAUAUUUCUUUUUCUUUAUUUGGUUUCGUCAAUUGCAUUUUGCUUUGCAAUAUCAUCUUUAUUUAAUAGACCAUUCUUUGGAGUUGUGGUUGGCAUUGUUUUCUGGAUAUUAAGUUACAUUGUUCCAGAAAAUUUGGUGACGAAUGUCCAAAUAUUCAAACUAAUAAAACUAUUACUAGCCCUUUUCCCAAACAUGUGCCUUAGUUAUGGUUACAAAACUAUGACUAUAUAUGAAGCCAGAGAAAUUGGAAUAAAUUGGUGGAACCUAUUCGAACCUGGUAGUGAGACAUCUGAUGAAAUUACAAUGGGCACUGUUUGGGUAAUGUUUAUUGUCGACAUUAUUGUUUAUAUGCUAAUAACAUUGUAUGUUAGCAAUGUCUUCCCUGGUCCUUAUGGAAUACCUAGAUCUUGGAGUUUUCCUCUGGAAUAUUUAGGAGGGUUGUUAACUAAUAAUAAAGUCAACAAUGGGGAAGCUACAGAACCAUUAGAAGGUUCAGAUUCUGCUAGUGAUGUUGGAAUAGAAAUCAAACACUUAAGGAAAACAUUUGGUACCACAGUAGCUGUAAAUAAUUUGUCAAUGAAUAUAAAAAAAAAUCAAAUAACUGUCCUCCUUGGUCACAAUGGAGCUGGAAAAACAACAACUAUGUCUAUGAUUACAGGUAUGAUUAACUACAAAAAAGGCAAAAUAAAAGUUUAUGAUCAUGAUAUGAAAACAGAAGAGGAACAAGUGAGAAAAUUAAUGGGAUUAUGUCCACAACAUAACCUUUUAUUUAAUGAUUUGACUGUAUAUGAACAUCUCAUAUUGAUUGGAGGAGUAAGUUUACAUCGCCAUUUCAUGGAAAAAUUCACUCAAACACUAACAAUUAUAUUUCAGUUGAAAGGGAACUCAAUGGAAGAUGUGAAAAAGGAAGCAAAUGAUCUUUUACAGGUUCUAAAACUGGAGAAGAAAAGAGAUUUAAUGGUAUCCUGUUUAUCUGGAGGCAUGAAGAGAAAGUUAUGUUUAGCAAUGGCAGUUAUAGGUCAGAGUCGGGUUCUUGUUUUGGACGAACCAACUGCUGGUAUGGACCCUGAAUCUCAAAGAGAUGUUUGGAAUCUUUUAUUGCAGUGGAGAGGUGCAAAAACUAUUCUGAUUUCGACACAUUACAUGGAUGAAGCUGAUGCCUUGGCAGACUAUAUUGCAAUUAUGGCUAAUGGAGAGAAACAAUGUUUUGGAACACCUAUGGAAUUGAAAGAUAAAUUCAAAACUGGAUAUCAUUUGUCCUUAAUGCUACUAAACACAGAAAAUUUGGAAGAAAUAAGCAGUACUAUUCAUGAUAUUAUUCCAAAAGCUAAACUGAAAGAACAGCAUGGAAACAAUGUGGUAUAUAUAUUACCUAUUGAGGAAAAAUAUAAUUUUUCGAAACUUUUGAGCGUUUUAGAGAUGAGAAAAAAAGAAUUCAAAAUCAAUAAUAUUUCAAUAAAUAUAACAACACUUGAAGAUGUUUUCCUCAGCUCAAGAAAAGAAAUAGACCCUUCUUUAAAUAGUGACGAAUUCGUAAAAGAUGAUCUGGAAUUGCCAAUUUUCGAACCUAGUACAUUUUUACCAUUAUUACUCAAACGAGUUUAUUUCCUAUAUGAAAAGCCGUUGUCUUACAUCAUUCCAAUUAUUUUCACUCUAAUUCUCACUAUAUUGACGAUAUAUCUGGGGCAAACAUCUAAUGAUUAUUCCAAAGAAGAUAAACUGAAUAUCCACAUGGAUCUUGAGUUAUAUGGAAGAACUGAGGUAUAUUAUUCAGUUAAGUCUGAGCUUGAUUUCAAUCCACUUCUUCUUCCAACUGUUGAAAAAAUAAAAAACUUUUAUCAAAGAGAGACGGAAUCUCAGAAGAGUUAUGCCAUUCAGGCAAAUAGCACAUCUGAUGGUAUCUUGAAAAGAGGCAUCCAGAACCUUCUAUUUUAUAAGAAUCACAUGGUAGCAGCGGCUGAAUUCAAUGUUUCCAAUGACAUUAUAAGAAUUAACGCAAUGUAUUCUCACUUUGCAAUUCAUGGUCCCCCUAUUAGUUUGAAUCUUGUGAUGAAUUCAAUAGCUAAAGCUGCACUUGGUGAUGAAUAUUCAAUAAGGACUUCUAAUGAACCUUUUAACAAAGAGAAGAAAAUUGAACCCGCUGAGGAAUCAGAAGUGCAAGUUGGAUUGCUGUGGCUUAUAUUGUUUCCUUUAGGUUUAGCCUUCCUAAUGGCAUGUUUCAUAGUUUUUCCUCAAAUGGAAUUAUCAACAGGAUUUAUUCAACUACAAAUUAUGUGUGGGGCUUCUUCCUUCAAGUACUGGCUUAGUAAUUUCUUAUUUGAUUUUGCAUUGUUCAUCGCCUCUAGUGUUUCAAUAGUUUCCAUAACUUGGGCAUUUGCAACCAUUUUUGAAUGGAAAGAUUUCAUGGAUGCUAUGGGUCCUUUAUCUGUUAUUAUGGUGUUCUAUGGAUUAGCGUCAAUACCAUUUGCCUAUCUCUUCACCAGAUUCAAGACAGCGUCCAGUGGUUAUGCAGUUCUUCUUAUAAUAUCGUUACUCUCUGGGGUAAUACUAACCAUUAUUGUUAAUGCCUUAGAACAGUCCAUGGAUGAUUACUAUACAGAUAUAGGUUAUGUAUUACACAUUAUUUUUUUGACGCUGUUUCCACACUAUGGAGUAUCAUAUGUCUCGAUCAAGUUUGCCAGGAAAACAGUGCAGAAUUAUAAUUGGUAUACAAUGUCUUCACAGAAAAGAAGAGCUAUCUGUCGAUUUCAUGAAAACCCUUGUUGUUUUGGGGACACUACUCCUGGAUGUCUUAUCCAUAAGGACUAUUUCCAAAAUGAAGAACUGGGUAUUUGGAAAGAUUUAUGGAAGAUGAUAUUUCCAUUUUUUAUUUAUUUUACUGUGAAUGUUCUACUGAAUUCAGAUUGUUUCAAAAUAGUUACAGAAGAAAUAAAUAAACUGAUCUAUAACAGAACAUCAAGUGAAGAAUCGCUCGGUAAAAAAGACGUUCUGUACAGUCAUAAUUUGACAAAGUAUAUUGGUGGAGAGAAAGUUGUCAAAGGUGUACGCUUUGAAGUAGACCGUGGUAAAUGUUACGGAUUGUUGGGUGUAAAUGGAGCCGGUAAAACAACCACUUUUAGGAUGCUAACAAAGGAAAUAGUGAAAUCCGAUGGAAAGUCCGCUGUUUUCAAAAAUGAAGGGAAUGUAGAGGAUGAAUCACAAACUUACCUUCAACAGAUUGGAUAUUGCCCCCAAAACAACUGUUUGAAUUUUGCUCUAACUGCAAGGCAACUACUGAAAAUUUUUGCCUACUUUAGAGGAUAUCAUUUCAAAGACCUGGAUUAUGUCGCUAACCAUUUCUUAAAAAUGAUGCAGUUGGAAGGUCUUGCGGAUAAGCCAUGUGGCGUCUACAGCGGUGGCAAUAAGAGAAAAUUGUGUUUAGCUUUAGCUCUCAUGGGUUAUCCUCCAAAUAUAUUUCUGGAUGAGCCAACUAAUGGAGUUGAUCCAGUUAGCAGGAGAAUUUUUUGGAGUAUUAUUAAAGAGAUGCAGGUCCAAAAGAAACUUACUUUCCUUUUGACUUCACACAGUAUGCAAGAAUGUGAAGCAUUAUGCUCAAAGUUAGGGAUUAUGAAAGAUGGUCAACUUGAAUGCAAUGAUACCAUUCCACAAUUGAAAGAAAAAUACCACACUGGAUUUACAGUGAAGUUGAAAUUGAAGCAGAAGAAUUUAAAACAACAUAAAAAUUGUAUGGAUAGCCUAGUAAUUCAAUCUGAAAAAAGAGAACGUAGAUCAUCUAGAGAAGAUUUCCCAGAUUCUUUUAUUAUGCAAGUGAUCGAUAAUUCAAAAGCCAAAGAAGAAAAUUUGGAAGAUCAAGAAAAUUCUAAUGAGGAUUCAAAUGAUUCUCUAAGUUACGUAAAACGUAUAUUGGAAAAUGAAUAUGAUGGAGUACUCAAAGAUGAACAUCCUGGUUUACUACAUUACCAUGUCAAACCUAUGCAGUCCUCAAAGAAAACAAUGAGUAAACUAUUUGAAGACAUGGAAAAUCUCAAAAAUGAAUGCAGUUUAAUUGAGGACUACAUUGUUACUGAGACAACUGUAGAAGAUGUGUUCUUAACAGUGGCCAAAACAGAUUCAAGUAAUAAUUCCUCAAAUCAAACCUCAGAAAGGAGUUCGAAAUCUUCCUCUAAAAAGAAUUCAAAAAGUUCUUCAGAAUCAAGUUCAAAAAGCUAUAUGGUUUGAUGGCCUGAAAAACUGAUCUUAUAUUCUUAAGUUUUGUUCAUAUUUGUAAAUAUAAAUGGGGAAAAUGUGAAAGAAUCAUUUUAUGAACAAUAUAUAUUUCAAUUUAAAUUGAAAUAAAAUAAAUUAUUUCACAUUUGACAAUGUGAUUAUUACUACAUAUUCAAAGAAAUGAGUUCAUUCAUUUUGGGCAGUUAUAAAAAACUAGUACUGAAUAGACCAAAGAAAUCCUUUUUGAAUUGAACUAUACUUCAUAGGUUGAGAAAUGAUUCUUUGUAAAUAUGAAAGGAAAUAUAUAUUUCAGGUUACUUGUCAUAAUCACAAGUAGGUGCAUCAGAAAGUCUGAUGCAAAUACAUUUUAUAUUUAAUACCAGCUAAGUAGACUGAGUAGUUCAGUAACUAUCUCCAGUGAUCCCAACCCUGGAUGAAAAAAGGGUUGGCUGGACCUGUAAAAUACAUAAAUAUCUGCAAUCAAGCAUUGAUAGACUACCAAAAGGAUCUGGUAAUGGAAGUUUUAGGAAGAAGAAGAAACAGAAAAAUACGAUGGAGUGCAAUGUAAUAGACGGACAAGUGGUAUGUGAACAUACCACUUAUAAAAAUCAUAUGUAAGUGUCUGUCAUUAUCAUAUAAUAGACACGACUUAAAGUUGUCAAUAAAUAUAUUAUUAUAGGUUCAUUUAUUUCAUUCAAAUAUUUUAUUUAUAUGUAAUAAAGAGAUGUAAUAAGGAAUAAAAUAUGAAUCAUGUUCAAAGAACAAAA